AUGAACGCAUCCGACCCGUUCGUGAUAACCUCCCGCGAGAGGCUCAAGUACGAGGACCAGUUCAAGUCGCUUCAACCGGUCGAUGGUGUCGUGACGGGAGGGCAGGCCAAAGGAUUCUUCCUUCAGAGUCAACUGCCCCCGCAAAUACUCGGCCAGAUAUGGGCUCUUGCCGAUACGGAUGCCGACGGUCGCAUGACGCUCGGUGAAUUCAGCAUCGCCUGCAAGCUGAUCAAUCUAAAGUUGCGCGGAUUUGAAGUUCCCAAAACACUUCCGCCAACACUUAUCGCUUCGCUCACUGCCGUCGGUGGAACACCCAUACUCACCCCCACCUCCGGUUUGAGUCCGCUCGAUCCGCUGAAAUCAUUGUCCGGUACGAUUGCGGCCGUACCUCAAAUUGUUCCACAAGCACAGCCACCGAUGAUGGCUCCUCAUGCUGCAGGGAUCGUUCCGCACGCUGUAGUGCCUCCGAUGAUGAACAAUCAAAUGGUUGCCUCCCAGGUCCCGAUGAUGGUGCCACCGAAGCCUGCCCUUCCACCACAACCGCUGAUCGGUGCCACCGCACAAGCUCCGCUCAUUGCGAUGGGGCAACCGUUGAUUCCAGGCGUUCCGACAAUUCCGGGCAUGGCGCCAGCUCCAGCUGUAAUGCAACAACCGUUGAUCGGUGGUCUGGUAGGGACCGCUCCAACUAUUCCACCAACAGCGGCUGUAAAGCCGCUGAUUGAUCCACUCGGAAGUGUGGGUGCAGUGCCACUGGUGGGUGGUGUAGCAUCGCAGGUCGUUCCAGCACCUCCGACACCACCGCAUUCUGGUGGCGGAACUCCAGCGCGCUCGAUGUCAAUCUCGGAACGGGCUCCGUCUAUUGAAUCUCCAGGACAAAUCGAGUGGGCAAUAAAGGGUCCAGCUAAGCUGAAAUACACCCAACUGUUCAAUACGACUGAUCGUAACCGUAGCGGAUUCCUUACCGGGCCGCAGGCACGCAACAUUAUGGUGCAAACCAAACUUCCACAGGCGAUGUUGGCUCAAAUUUGGGCACUAGCCGACAUGGAUACCGAUGGGCGGCUCGGUUGCGAAGAGUUUGUACUGGCGAUGUAUUUGUGUGACAUGGCCGCUGCUGGCGAAAAGGUUCCUACCACGCUGCCGCCCGAGCUUGUGCCACCUUCCUUCCGGAAGGCUCCGUCACGCCACGGUUCUGUGGUAGGUUCUCGCCAUGGUUCCGUUUCGUCCCAGGGAGCACCGGUACAUGCCCCCGUCGAGCUUGAUCCUCUGUCUGGCUUACCACAAACAUCGUUCGAAGACAAACGUAAGGAAAACUUCGACAAAGGCCAAGCGGAACUCGAGCGACGACGAAAAGCACUGAUGGAUAUUCAAAAGAAGGAACAGGAGGAACGUGAACGUAAAGAGCGUGAAGAACAGGAAAAAAUCCGUAAAGCUAAGCUCGAGGCUGAAAUGAAAAAGCAGCAAGAGCUGGAAAAAGAACUGCAGCGCCAACGCGAACUCGAACAGGAACGAGAGGAACAACGCAAGCGUGAACUCGAAAAGAAGGAACUUGCUCGAAAGGAGCUGGAGAAGCAACGUCAACUCGAAUGGGAAACCCAAAAGAUUGCCGAAAUGCAGCAGCACAGGCAGCGGGAACAGGAAAACGUGCUCAAGCUAAAAGCGCAAAAUCAAUCGUUGAGCGUCGAGCUGAGCACGUUCAACGAACGCAUCAAGGAGCUGUCGCAAAAAAUCUGUGACACGCGCGUCGGUGUCACUAAUGUCAAGACCACGAUCGACGGUAUGCGCACCACCCGUGACACGCAGAUGGCCGAAAUGACACAGCUGAAGACAAAGGUAAAGGAACAGAAUCAGCGGCUGGUACAGUUGAGUCAGGAGAAGGCUAAGCUAGAUGCGAAGAGUAAAUCGGGCGAAACGGAAAGCCAGCUGCAAUUCACCAACAAACAGAUCGUUAUACAGCAACUGAAGGACAAGCUAGAAAACACCAAGCAACAGAUCGAAAACAAAUCGACAGAUAUCAAUCUGAACAGCGAUCAGCUGAUCGACCUGAAAUCACAAUUGACCGAUCUGAUCGAUGCGUGCGAGAAACUUUACGGCGAAUAUGACAUGCAAAGAAUUCAGAUUUUGGAGAUGAAAAAUAAUCGCAAAAACGAGUCGUAUACCAGUGCCUGGGAUACGUCCAACUCGUGGGCCACUUCGGAUACCGCAACGCAUGCGGCGGUCAGCAAUGAACCCGUACCAGCGGCCACAAGGUCUGGCGAUGAUGUGCAAACGCCACCGGGGUACACGAAGUAUCGGGCGAUCUACGAGUUUAAUGCGCGGAAUAACGACGAGAUUUCAUUCCAACCUGGUGAUAUUGUGAUGGUACCGCUGGAACAGAAUGCAGAACCUGGAUGGUUGGCAGGUGAAAUCAAUGGCCAUACUGGUUGGUUCCCGGAAUCAUUUGUAGAAAAGGUAGACAGCAACCUGAACGUGGUGGAAGCGGUACCAGAAACGAUAGCCUAUAGUGAACCGGCAGCUGAAUACACGGCCGCACCAGUAGAAGAAUACCAGCCAGCAAACGAUAAUACAGAGGCUACUUGUAACGGUGAUGUUGAAUAUUAUGUUGCGUGUUAUGCCUACCAAUCGGCAGAGGCGGGCGAUCUUGUGUUCGAUGCUGGUGAAACGAUCGCCGUUUCAAAGAAGGAAGGAGAUUGGUGGACAGGCACAAUUGGCAAUCGGACCGGUAUUUUCCCUUCGAACUACGUGCAAAAACAGGAAGGCGAGGUGAUGAACGGCAACCAAGCGACAUAUAAUGAGCAACCAGCACACCAGGAACAGGAACAGCACCAGUCACAAGCGCAAUCGUACGAACAGGAAACAAAACGCAAGCAAUCAACGACCGCUGCCGGUAGUAAUACUCAGGAUGCAGAGGAUGCACAAAAUCAGGCCGAGCUAGAUUCGGAAGUGUCCCAGAUCAAUACUCAACCACCGUCUGGUGCGGCAGCAAACGAAGAAAACAUCCGUUACUCCUCCAUGUCCAUGACAUCGGCCACACCGAGCCUUCGGCGGAAGGGCGAAGUGGCACAGGUGAUUGCACCGUACGAAGCGACCAGCUCCGAACAGCUGUCACUGCAGCGCGGACAGCUAAUAAUGAUAAGAAAAAAGACCGAUUCCGGCUGGUGGGAGGGUGAGCUACAGGCAAAGGGUCGUCGCCGGCAGAUCGGAUGGUUCCCAGCGACGUAUGUGAAGAUACUGCAGGGUGGACGAAACAGUGGCCGCAAUACGCCAGUGUCGGCGAGCAAGGUUGAACUGACGGAAACUAUUCUCGAUAAAGUCAUCGCACUGUACCCGUACAAAGCACUGAACGACGACGAGCUGUCCUUCGAGAAGGACGAUAUCAUUAGCGUGCUCGGCAGGGAUGAGCCGGAGUGGUGGCGCGGCGAACUGAACGGCACCACCGGUUUAUUUCCGAGCAAUUACGUCGGCCCGUUCGUGUCGUCCGGUAAGAACGGCAAAUCUCCCGCUGCUAGUUAA